GUAUAGACAGUGAUGCCGCUACUACUACAAUUUACUAAGAUAACUGAAGUGUACUUUUCGAACUAAAUGAGCACCUCAGUGUAAAAACAUUGAGCAGCACGCACGGUCCUACAACACAUUGUUUUUAUUUACUCUUAUUGAGGUUAAAUAUUUGUUUACAAAUAUUGUAUCAAGUUGCAUGGAUUUAAUAAAUUCAAAUACUAUCGAUUGCAAUCAGGGAGCUGUAAGGGCAGUCAGAUUUAAUGUUGAUGGAUCCUACUGCUUAACAUGCGGUUCAGACAAAAAACUAAAACUUUGGAAUCCCUACAAAGGUAUCCUACUUAAAACGUAUGGUGGUCAUGGAAAUGAAGUACUUGAUGUCUGUGGCUCCUGUGAUAAUAGCCAAUUAGUUAGUUGUUCUUCUGAUAAAUCAUGUAUAUUAUGGGACGUCACAACUGGACAACCUACCAGAAGAUUAAGAGGACAUGCAGCUACUGUUACUUGUGUUAAAUAUAAUGAAGAAUCAACUAUAGUUGUAUCAGGAAGUUUAGAUAAUACUGUAAUGUGUUGGGAUGUAAAGUCUAGAUCUCAAAAUCCUGUUCAGACAAUGAAAGAUGCAAAAGACUGCGUGACAUCGUUACAAGUUACAGAUCACGAAAUACUUGUAGGAUCUGUAGAUUGCUCAUUUAGAAGAUAUGACCUAAGGAAUGCAAGAUGCGAUUCAGAUUUUGUUGGAGCUCCGGUGGUAUCAGUUUGCUUCUCUCAUGAUGGCCAGUGUGUUUUAGCUGGAUCUGCCGAUAAUACAAUUCGUUUAUUUGAUAAAACCUCGGGAGAAAUAUUAGGACAGUACACUGGUCAUCGAACGGACGAUAUGAAUAUUGAAAGUGCCAUAAUAACUAACGAUAAUUAUGUAUUGUCUGGAUCUAAAACAGGAGAAUUGUGGUGUUGGGAUUUGGUUAGUACGGAAGUGGUGAAAAAGUUUGUACAUACUGCUGGCAAAGUUUUGAAUUCAUUAAGCGUUCACCCUAAAAAAGACACAGUCCUAACUGCCGCUGUACGUUCAAUCAAAUUAUGGGAAAAACCAGAACAGGUGUUGAUAAAUGAAAACGACUAAAAUUAUAAAACUUUCAUAUUGUUAAAAUUCGAUUUAUUCCUUGUGUAAUUUCUGUUGGUUUUGUACAAGUUGUAAUAAAAUAUCGACAAUUUGUUUAAA